UGAUAAUUCCACGUGCUCAUUUAACAAAACCGUGACCAUGGCUACAACAUCUUUAGCGGAACAGCUCAAAAAGCUAACAGUACCGCAAUCAACAAUCUAUAAAGAUGAUAAGAAAACAGUCUCGUUACUUUUUGACCCGAAAGAAGCCGCUAAUAAAGACCGCGACACAUUUUAUGAAAUUGGACUUAGUGGAUUGAGAGAACUUAUCGCGUUAUACGAAGGGUUCCGUGUUUUUGAAGAUACUCUAUACAGCCUGUCAUCUAAGGACUUUGAGAGGGCAGUGCAAACCAAGGAGGUUAAUCAAAACCUUGAUCAGACCAUUGAGAAGUUUCUCCUACAGUUAUCGCCUUACCUUCUAUUACAAUCUUCUCACAAAGCUCUAGAAUGGCUUAUCAACAGAUACCAUAUCCAGCAAUACAAUCAAGAUGCCAUCAUGGCAUUAAUUCUUCCAUACCACGGUACAAAAAUAUUUGUCAGAUUUGUCCAACUUAUGGACAUCAAAUCAACCAAUAAUAGAUGGAACUGGCUUAUGCCUGUUCAUAAGAAUGGCAUUGCUUUAGCCAACCAGGUUUUGUUCAACCAAUGUGUCUCUAAUAAUGGUACAUUGCAAUUUAUUGCAAAAACUACUUUGAAGUAUGUUAAAGAAUUUGGCGAAAGGGCAACACAACUCAAUACUGUGUACGCAUUCUUCUGUCAGACUGCGAUUGGUGUGAUGGACUCCAGCAAGAAAGUCACGGAAGCUAUUGUUAACGCCCUAUUGCCAACUGUGAUAAAAGCAAUAGAAUCACCAAUUGCAGAUUUUAGAUCUGCCGCGUACAUUACUCUAGGAUACUUGCUCACAAAAACAAGUUUGAAAGAGGACACGCUAAAUGAAAUAGUCUUAAAACUGUUGACUACUGAGUUUGAUAUUUCAGUUGACGUAGCAAUCCUUAUAACAAUGGUCUAUGAGAAGCAGAGCCAUAUGAAGAAGAUGUCUGAAGAUAUACUGAAUGAUAUGUCUAUUGAUAUAAUGAAUUCUCUAUGCAGUCAUAUUAAAAAGUUGGUUGAAAAACGGCACAAAAUUGGUGCUUUUUUGUUAGCAUUCCUCUCUAGUGUUCUGCCAUUGAUACAGAGUGAAGACUUCUGGAGGUACUGUAAACUACCUGAAAUUUUGAUAGGGGAAAUAGACUUGAAACAGCAAAAGCCUGAAUCAAUUAUCAAAUGUGUUCUUGACUCCUUCCAACCUCAAAACACAAACACAAUCACUGAUGAUGACGAUGGCAGUGACGUCGAGAUAAUUGAUGAAGAUGACACUUCCAGCAAAGCUUUCAACUGGUACGCCUUAUUCGUGAAGAAUCUUGAACGUCAAUAUCCUGACGCCUUCGAUAAAGUCGUCAAAGAACAAAUGAGUUCUAACAGCAAAAACUCCCAAAAAAGGCGAAGUCAGCUCUCAAAAUUGUUGGGUUUCAAACCCGCAAUCGCACACAAGGUUGGUGACACCUAUCUCUUUGAAAACCUCAACCAUAUCAAUGCUAAAUUGAGAAUAGAAGCAGUCAAGUAUAUUGCUAAAGAAUUCGAAGCUUUAAAAACAGAAAAUGCUGAUUUCGUCAAAGAAUCUAUAAUUAAUAGGCUGAAUGAUGAUAAUCCGGAAGUCGUCAAUACAGCUUUAGACAUCCCUACUGAGUACUUAAAAGACAUACUCGAUGGAGCUGAUGCUACUGGCACCUUUGUUGCUAUUGUCGGAAAAGGGUCUAAGAAAUGGAAAAAUAUCGUAAAAAAGGCCGUCACUACAUUUUGCUCUACAGAAAUUUUACCUGUUAAUCAGGAAACAGUGUUAGCUUUAGUGCCUUACCUAUUCCCCAGUGAUGAGGAGUCUGCUAAACUGACAUGGCAGAUACUAACUUCGGCCUGGGGUAAGAAAUUUGGUCUUGCUAAUAAAACUAAAGACCUCAAAGGAUCCAUAAAGGAUAACCACGCCAAACUUUGCGAAGUUAUCUUCAAAGCGCUGUUUGUGGAUAGAACAUUGAAUUUGGAUGAAAUCCUUGAUGAAAAUCAGUUGAAUAAAGGCAAUACUUUAGAUGUCUGCUUCUACAUGUUGUUAAAAACCAGUUCUCUCAAAAGUGCCACUGUCGAAGAAGUCUCAGCCAUACUUAAUUUGCUUUUAGAGUCUGUUGAAAAUAGAUCCAUAGUCCACAGUUCUGAAGGCCAAGUUUUCUCCAGCCUUAUCAUGCCUGAGUUUAUUAAGCUUUGUCGUCAAAAUAAUAUGCUCUUCCAAAUUAUCGAGUACAUAUUCUCAAGAGUGAUUGAAGAUAUGAAUGUCAAUAAAAUCCCUAAACCGUGGUGCGAUUUCUGUAAAUCUCCAGAAACCGUCCUUAUUAGGAGACUGUACGAGAUUUGUGUGAUUGGAUGUGCGAUUCCGAGUUACGGAGAAAACUACGUCGCUCUGCUUCAAAAAUUGAUGGAGAAAUUCUACAAAACUCCACGUGAGAAAUUCGAGUUAAUUGCCAAUUUCGCUUGUGGACAUAUUAUGUAUGCAACUGACCCCAAGGACGUUAUUGGUCCCGAAUUGCAACUUAGAAGUCUCAAAUUGCUCUCCAAUUUCCUAGCUGUACAAGAUAAAGAGAAAUGGCUGUAUGACUCUGAUGUUGUGGUCCUAACUAUUUUGUUGUGUUUGAACAAUCCGAUUAGUGCUAUCCGUGAAUGCGCUAUUGAUUUUGUAAACAAGUUAAUGAGAGAAGAACCGGACAAGAAAUUAGUAUACGUGCAGUUGUAUGAAGAGUUAUUGAUGCAUAAAGAAGAAAUGUUACUCGACCAUAAUCAAGUGAAACAUGUUCUAAAUACGAUACUGACUCAAAAGGAUCAGAAAAAGCUGUUUAGGCGCAACUGCCUUUUAAAGUUAGUUGCCAUAUUGAACUCCGGGGCCCCUUCGCACAUUAAGUCUAGUUUCCUUAAAAUCCUUUGCGAAGUCAAGAAUGCGACCGCAUUCCCACACUUUGUACAAUCUUUGAAACCUUUAGAAGAAACUUUGCAACAAAAUAGCCUGAAUACAAGAUUCACUUUCGAUAUUUACGAGUCAAAUAUGUUUAAGAGUGUGUAUGGCCAUAUUAAUGAAUCAACUGUUUCCACAUUCUCAAACGAACAAGUUUGGACUUCGAUAGAAUUAGGCCUUAAAGAGUAUCGAGAAUGUAUUCUACAGGAGGACCAAUCAUUCGUUAGUCCAUCUGUUCUCAUAAUGAAACAGAUAGAUGAAGAUAUUUUCAAUAAAGUUCCCGAAGAAAAAUGUAAUGGUCUUGUGCACUUGAUCGCUUGUGCUGGCGCGGUCAGCAACAAUCCCUCAAUAUCGAGUGUGGCUUCGAAAGUAAUGAAAAAGAUCCAUCUGAAAUUCAGUCACUUCAAACCUAUAUUGGAAAAAAUGUUGAAUGUAGUGGAUCCAGCUGAGAAUAUGUCCAAGAAAAAGAAGUCGACCGUCUCUAUGCUAUCUUAUCAGGUAACAGAGACCGACGACUGGAGGUUGGGAGUUGCUUUCCUUGAAUUCGUACAGAGCAAGAAGAAAAUGAAGUUGGAUAAUACUUUCGUCUCGCUUUUGUUCCAAAUAUUAAACAAAUGCUUGAGAUUCGAAGAGCAAUCACACGUUGAGUAUACAAAACAGCUCAUUCUAUCAUCUUUGUGGUACUAUUGCAAGAAAUUCGUUGACGAAAAAGACAAGGAACAAAUGAAGUCUCUUAAAUCCGUUUUUAAUGUUGAACUGGCUGUGCAGUGUAUCAGAGGUACGCAAAAUCCUCAAACACACCACCACGCUCUUAUUCUCUUGUCGCACGCUGCAUUCAUGUUGCCAGAGCAAGUCCUUCAUCACACGAUGGAAAUAUUCACUUUCAUGGGCACAUCAGUUCUAAGACACGAUGACGCUUACAGUUUCCAGAUAAUAAUCAAAAUCAUCGAGACGUUGAUACCAAUUCUUGUGAAAUUGGACAAGAGUAUCGAAGACCACACAGAAAAAGAACUUGAGCAGUUACAAAACCGUGUUGUUCCAGUUUUGCGUAUAUUUGCUGAUUGCGUGUUGCAUGUACCAGAGCAUAGGAGGCUUCCAUUGUUCAAAAAGCUAAUUGAGACUUUAGGACCUAGUCAGUUCCUAUGGGUAUUCCUGGCAUUACUUCUUGAGACUCACGUUGCCCACUUUAGCGAAGACAAAAAGAUAGAUAAACGUAAUUCAAGAACCUUAGCAGACCAAGAAGCACCAAUCAAUCGCAUUGAUUUUGGACAAAGCAUCGUGCUAGAGUUUCCACCUGAAGUUGCUUUGGAGAACUUCAUAAAACUGAUAAUUUACAUCAAAUCCCUGCCUUUGCAGAAGGACGAGAAUGUUAUGGACACUGAUGUUGACCCAAGUGACAUAUUCAGCGUUGCUGGACAUUCUCCACUACAACUACGACACUACAAAUACAUGGUAAUCACAUUUAUGAACACCUGCCUGGCCUCAUCCAGGUUCAUUCAGCAUAGUAGCCAAGUGACUGAUAAUAAAGCAAUGGAAACUCAUUACAAAACCUUUAUUAUCAAUAUUCUGACUUUCAUCCAGGCGAUUUCAAAGGUUUCUGAUGAUAAGACGGCUAAAUAUUGGCGUGUUAUGUUGCAUCACAGCUACGAUUUAUUAGAUCAUACGAACAAUUUGCUCUCUGCUCCGAUGUUCCUCUCUGUCGUCAGAGGUCUUCUAAAACAUACUCUACAGACCGUCAGAAGGAAGUCCAUGGAACUACUUAACUCCAAAAUUCAAUUCAGCCCUGAAUUAUUCGAGGGUGUAGAAAAAGAUUUGCUUUUCUCAUUGUUGCCUCCUCUACUAGAUAUUGUUAAGACAAUUGAGGUUCGAGAUGAGAAUUUAAGCGAGAUUGCUGCUCAGGAAUUGGAGUUGAACCAGCAAACUGCUUUGCUGUCUUUGAAGUUGUUGACUAGAAUGCUUGCGUCAGAAAAUCCUGAGCCAUUUAAGAAUGUCCUGGAGACAGUAACCGACUACACUUGUAAUCCGAACAUUGCUGGCAAUGUUAUGGCUUCCGUUGUCUUGUGUUUGGCGGAAUUAUGUAGUAAUCUGAAGGCUCAUGCUUUAGCUAGCCUUCGCAAGUUCAUGCCAGCUCUUAUCAAGGUGCUGAAGAAGCAGCGCAAAUCAGAAACUCAAGAACUGGUACUUCUCAGCACAGUGACCGCGAUUGCAAAGAUUGUCGAAAGCCUACCACUGUUCCUGAGUCCUUACUUGCAGAAGAUACUAUAUGAGUAUUCCAUUUUGUUGGCUAAAUGGCAAAGUCUAGACCAGGAAUGCACCAAAGUGUCCGCAAUAGUUUCAAAACUGUUGACCAUCAAGAAGAAAAUUGCUGGGUCCAUACCGCCUAGGGUUCUCAUUCCAGUGGUUAAUCAGACUCAUCAAAUGCUUCUGGAGAAGGAGGACUUUGAUGCUGUUGGUCCUGUGAUGUCUGUUUUAGCUGACAGCUUUGCUAAUGUCACUACAGCAGAUUUCACAGCCCUCCAGCAAGACCUGACCUCAUUCUUCUUGACGGCCUUGCAACUAAGAAGUGAUGCCGUUGAAAAAGAUGUCAGUGCUGACGUCAUUGAUAGAGCUGAAGAUGAAGUGGUAAAUGCUCUGGUCUCUCUCGUUCUGAAGCUUUCAGAAACUAGCUUCAGACCCUUCUAUUUCAAGAUCUAUGAUUGGGCCAUAAGGACUAAUGUUGAAGGACAGAAAGAUCGGGCGAUCACUUUCUACAGACUAAGCUGUGCGAUCGCAGACAAACUGAAAGGCCUGUUUGUUCUCUUUGCUGGUCAUUUCAUCAAAAACGCAUCGGACCUCCUUGAUUCUUGCAACAACAGUAAAACGGAGGACUUGUACUUUGAUUCUGAAGAAAAAUGCUUGACUCUAGUCAAGUAUAUUAUUAAAACCCUGUACACAGUCUUCUUAUAUGAUAGUCAGAGCUUCUUAAACAAAGAUCGGUUUGAAACUCUGAUGCAGCCUGUGGUAGACCAGUUGGAGAACACGUUGGGAGGUAUUCAGAGCCUUAAGUCAAGGGCUACAGAGUAUCUAAUCCCUUGCGUGGCGCAGUUCGCGGUUGCAACUGCGGAUGACUCACUUUGGAAGUUGUUGAAUUACCAGAUCUUGCUGAAGACUAGGCAUAAUGAUGCUGAGAUCAGAUUGACAGCCCUAGACUGCCUUGUUGCCAUGGCAACACAAUUGGGCAGUAGUUGGUUACCACUUCUGGCUGAGAGUGUGCCGUUCCUCGCUGAACUUCUAGAAGACGGUGACUCAAGAAUAGAAGCAUCUACUAAAGACGCCAUUAGGAAACUCGAACAAAUAUUGGGAGAACCGCUUGAAAAAUACUUUUAAGUGUAUUUCGUAAAAUAUGUUGUUUAUUGACGAAUAA